CAGGCGCUAUUGAAUGUGGGCAUUGCGCAUGCCUGUGGGGGCCAUCUUCACCGGCUUUUUUUCCCCCUUUUGACUCCUGAGGAACACGUUUGCAGUGAGAAGAUAAAACUUGGGGGGGGGCUUUCACAUCAAACAGACAAGAGAUAAUACUUACGAGGCGUUGGCUUAGGCAGCGGCUGCUACUUGCACUGUCACAGCGUCCGCUCAGUAUCAGAAGCUGUUGAGGUGUCAACAGAGUUGGAAGCUUCAGUGAUUACCUCGCUGCAACUUUCUGAAUUUUCUCUUGAUGUUUCUUCCUCCUGGAUUGGAGAACUGCAUGAUUUCAUUGCCCAUGGUUGACGGGAUGUCAUGAGACUUCGAGUCCAGAGUCAAUGUUGAGCACUACCAGGAUCACCCCUUCCCAAAUACACGCAACUGUACCCCCACUUCUGGUUGAUCCAUCUUGCUGAUGAGAGAGGGCAUACGUAGAGGUGGUGAUUGAGGAAUCUGGAACAUUGGAAGUAAGACUGAGGUUGCUUUCUGGCAUGAUACAAAGUUUUUCUUGUCAAGAUAUAAGCUCACUGAGGCAAUAUGGCAGAUAAGCUAACCAGAAUUGCCAUAGUCAGCCAUGAUAAAUGCAAGCCCAAGAAAUGUCGUCAGGAGUGCAAGAAGAGCUGUCCAGUAGUUCGAAUGGGAAAGCUUUGUAUUGAAGUUACUGCUCAAAGUAAGAUUGCCUGGAUUUCAGAAACUCUCUGUAUUGGUUGUGGUAUUUGCAUUAAGAAAUGUCCUUUUGGGGCUUUGUCAAUUGUUAACUUGCCAAGCAAUUUAGCUAAAGAGACAACACACAGAUACUGUGCAAACUCCUUCAAACUUCACAGGUUGCCUAUUCCUCGACCUGGUGAAGUUUUGGGUUUGGUGGGAACAAAUGGGAUUGGAAAAUCCACAGCUCUGAAGAUUCUAGCAGGAAAGCAAAAACCUAACCUGGGAAAAUAUGAUGACCCUCCUGACUGGCAGGAGAUUUUGACUUAUUUCAGAGGUUCUGAACUACAGAACUAUUUUACAAAGAUCCUAGAGGAUGAUCUCAAGGCUAUCAUCAAACCCCAGUAUGUGGACCAGAUCCCAAAGGCCGUAAAGGGCACCGUGGGUUCUAUUUUGGAUAGAAAAGAUGAGACCAAAACUCAGGAUGAUAUUUGUGAACAUCUUGAUCUGACUCACUUAAAAGACAGGAAUGUUGAGGAUCUCUCUGGAGGAGAGCUGCAAAGAUUUGCAUGUGCAGUGGUGUGCAUUCAAAAAGCUGAUAUCUUCAUGUUUGAUGAGCCCUCCAGUUACCUGGAUGUUAAACAGCGUUUGAAGGCUGCCAUCACCAUUCGCUCUCUUAUAAAUCCAGAUAGAUAUAUUAUCGUUGUGGAGCAUGAUUUGAGCGUGUUGGAUUACCUUUCUGAUUUCAUUUGCUGUUUAUAUGGCGUGCCGAGUGCAUACGGUGUUGUCACCAUGCCUUUCAGUGUUCGAGAAGGUAUCAACAUAUUCUUGGAUGGAUAUGUGCCAACAGAAAACUUGAGAUUCCGCGAUGCUUCUCUGAUUUUCAAAGUUGCUGAAACAGCAAAUGAGGAAGAGGUCAAAAAAAUGUGCCGAUAUCAUUAUCCAAAAAUGAAGAAAAAGAUGGGCGAGUUUGAACUGGAAAUUGGGACUGGAGAGUUCACAGAUUCUGAAAUCAUGGUAAUGCUGGGAGAAAAUGGUACAGGGAAGACCACAUUCAUCAGAAUGCUGGCUGGAAGAUUGAAGCCAGACGAAGGAGGUGCAGUGCCUGUGCUGAAUGUCAGCUACAAACCACAGAAGAUCAGCCCUAAGUCCCAA